AAGUAUAUAUCGUGUCUUCUCUUUUCUUCCUUCUCUUCUCUAACAGUUGGAAGUUUAAGUUUUUCAUGUUUGACUGAUUGUAAAUCAGUAACUGUCUACUCUCUAAAUUUCUUGGAGUAAAAACUGAACAAUCUUAAUUUAAAAAAGUAGAAUUUUACUCACUCUUUUGGAGUAAAAUUCCAUUCUUUUGGAAUGAGAGUGUUCGGUUUUCACUCCAAGAAAUUUAAAGAGUAUUAUUUAGUUUUAAGUUUAUUACAUUUUUUGUUCAAUAGAUCAUAAGCUAUCGGACAACACCAUGUCCAAAAUUGGUGCAAUAUUUAAGAUGUUUUUUGGAUAUCAUAUCUUAAGAUUUCUUAAAGAUGUCUUAACGAUUUUCUGAAAGAUGUCUUAUUCGCUAAUUUUCGACAUGGUGUUAUCUGAGUACAACAUAUGAGAAAAUUAGCUGAUUUGAUCGGCAUUUAAUUUUUUUCAUUUGGGAUUUUAUAUAAAUUAAAAAAUUUCUUACUAAUCUUAUAUAAAAUUGAAUCUUGGUAUAAAAUCUGCUAGUUUUUUCUUAUAUGUUGUAUCCUAUGACCUGCUGAACAAAAAUAGGCUGAAUGUAUUUAAUAGACUCAAAGUUAAAUAAUAUUACGUAAUUACUAAUUUACAGCCAGUCAAAUAUGGAACACAGUCAAAAUUGUUUGACUGGUUUUAGCUCAGUAACUGUUCAUUAUUUAGCUUCGAUGCUAUUUACUUUUGUUUAGCGCGGAUCAUAAGCCACAACAUAUAAAAAAAAACCACCUGACCUAACCGAAAUCCAUUUUACAUCAUAUUAGUGCGGGAUACUUUAUUAAUUUGCUUUAUUAAUUGUGUGUGUGUGUGCAUUUUUAUCUUGAUUGUUUUUGAUUAGUAAUCAUUAACGGAGUUUCGACCAGGAAAAAAUAAAAUUAAUUUUUUUAUUCGAAUACAACUGGUUCGAGCAACUGAAAUGAUGCUUGUGUUCUGUACAAACAACAUGUUCGUUUACCGCGACAGUGCGUGACCAAGGCGAUACCAUGUGUAUGUGAACGUAUUAGGUUUCAACCGGUAAUAGAAUUACUUUCUUUUCCCAAAGGAAUUGAUUUCUGUAGUGCUAGGGUGCUCAGUACGCUAUACGAUGUCUCUUGAUAGACAACUCUCUCGGCAGAAACGUUCGCUAUUAGGAAAUGCUUUUACCCGUAGCAGCAUGGAUCUUCUAAGUUUAAAUUUUUGCUCUUUCGAAUUGGAGGAUAUGAAAUCGUCGAGCAAGGAAACCUUGCUGCAAGUCGAGCGUGACAAUUUCGUGGAGAAAAAUGACGACAUCAAAGAACGAAGACGCAGGGUAAACUCAGGCAAGGAAAAAUCGCACGACGAGCUUCGAACGAUCCAUUUAGAUGAGGUUGCUUGGCACGAUACGUCUAAUAGCUGUUGGCUGGUGAUUUACGAUUAUGUAUACGAUUGCACGGAAUUUCUAAAGAAUCAUCCGGGCGGCCACGAUGUCCUUUUGGAAUAUGCCGGACGAGACGCGACUUUGGCGUUUAUCGGCACCGGACAUUCUGCUGUCGCGAGGACAAUCUUAGAUCGGUAUAAAAUUGGUGAACUUCCGCCAAAAGAAAGGAUUUUUCGCGUUCCCGAUGGCAUUAAGAUAUGUGACAUGUUAUCUAUCUAAAAUUAUUAAAUCAUCAGCAUUAUUAUAAUUAUUUUUACGUAUUUACAUAAUUGAACACUAAUUAGACAUUCUACUUUAAGAACAAAAAUCGGUGUACUUAUUAUGAUAUAAUAUUUAAUAUAAUAUUUUUCUAAAACUAAAUAUUUAAAAUGAAAAUAAAAAUACUUGACCUAGACAUAACAUUUGGUUAUGUCUUAAAAUAUCUCUAUUGCUAUUUUGAUGUUAAAUGCAGAGAAGUGACAAGAUGUUUAAAAAUUAUACUUAUUUUAAAGAUAGAUAGUCAAUAUAU